GUCAAUAAACACCACAAGGCACGUGUCAGCGUCUCACUCUUCUCCUGACCCGCGCGCUGUCCACAACCUGCUUUAGGGACCUACACUUACCACUGUGCUUAACGGAGGAGAUGAGAGCACUCGAGACAACACUACUACUGCUAAUGGCUGUCACUGCCUCGCUGGCAGUAGUACGUCUUCCUCGCUCGUAUGAUGAACAUACAACUCUGCAGGUAGCCGGUGAAGCGGUUGAGGCUGUAUUGUUUCGGGUGACUGGUGCUGACUGCUCCGUCAUGCUCCUCACAGAUGGCUUCACCUCGGCCACUGCUGUCUUCAGUGUGAUGAAACAGCUGGUGGCCCCCUGGGGUGUAGGUGUGUUCGAGGUGGCAGUGGACGGCCAGGACGCUAACAUGACGCAGGCGCAGCUCUCCCGGGUGGUCGACGAGGCUCGGCGGCUGCGGCAGGUGUCAUGGUGCGUGACGGUGGUGGUGGUGAGCGACGACCCAGCCUUCCUUGCCGCCUUCGCUGAGUGGUCCCUCAAGGGCCGCCUCCUUGUGUGGUCGACAAGGCUCCUCGUCGUCACUCGCCUGCCCCUCCCGGAGCUCCAACUACUACACAAGAUGAUGUCGAGCAGGAAUGCCAUGUUGCUCAUUGUGGAUGCUACCUCGGAAAUUAUAAGGGGCAGCGUGUAUGUCCACCUGCCCUACAGUCCCCUGGACGCCAAGGCGUCGAUGGUUGCCUCAUGGACGCCCCACCGUGGUCUCGCGCUCACCCCCUACCUUCAGCUCUUCCCCGAAAAGUUUUCAAGAUUUGCACAAGCCCCCAAUCUGGUCGUGUCUGUGAUACCAAUGGCAAUCCACAAUGCCUUUUUGAUUGAAGAGCCAACAUCAGCAGAAGGAAAGCGACUCGUCCAUACCGGACCCAUCGCUAACGUGGUUGAAUACCUGGCAGAGGGCCUCAAUUUUACGUACACAAACGUUAUGCCUAGCGACAGGACUUUCGGUACGAAAGCAGACGAUGGAUCUUGGACGGGCAUGCUGGGAAUGGUGAAUAGAGAGGAGGCAGACAUUUCUAUAGGUCCCAUCAGUCAUACUGCCACUCGAAAUGAGGCGGUAGACUUCGCUUGGCCUCUGUGGUUUGACAGUUCGGUAAUUUUAGCUGCACUAGGUCGACCGGAGGUGAACCCAUGGGGCUUUCUGCUGCCUCUGGCGCCGCUGGUGUGGGUGGCCAUCCUGACGGCGCUAUUGAUCCUGCCUGUGGUGGUGUUCUUGUGUUCUUCAUGCCUUUCGAUCAACGCUUCCAUAGGGAGAACUUUGGGAUCGAAUACUUAUGACGCUAUUCGCAUUCUGUUACAACAGGAUGUUUCGUGUCCUGCUGACUGGUAUUGGAAACGGAUGAUGGUGGCGGUGUGGAUGUUGAUGACGCUGGUGCUCACACGGAGCUACGCCGGCAACCUCAUGGCCCUCCUGGCCGUGAGGCACAUUCCUCAACCUUACCAGAGCUUCCGUGAUGUGCUGGAUGAUCCCUCACCAAUAAUGAUCUGGCAGAGAAGCUCCAUAAAUGCGGAAUAUCUCCGUAUUGUGAAAUCCGGCAUAUUAUAUGAGGUGGCAAAUCUAAAAUAUGAAGACCGCUUGAUGUACCGGACACAAGCCGAGUACCCGCGUCUGGUGGACACCCUGGUGAGGGAAGGACAUCACAUCCUCUUCGGCGUUGGCGUCUUAAUGAGGAAUCUCAUGGCUAAAGACUACACACGAACAGGUCGUUGUGAUUUCUACACAUCUCGAGAAAAAUACUUGCCCUUCUCAGCUUCCGUUGUCAGCCAGAAGGACAAUCCCAUUAUACCCGCUAUGCAGAAGAGGUACUGUAACGUAUUUUAUCCUGUUAUUAAAGUGUGA